AUGACGGCCUCGCCGGCAGAGGUGCAGAUGCACAGCAUCGAGCGCACGCCCGAAUAUGAGGAAUUCAUGGCCAGGCUCCGCGAAUACCAUGCGAAACGGGGGACGACGCUGGACCCCGAGCCCAAGGUUGGCAUGAUUCACCUGGACCUGUUCAAGGUCUUUAAUCACAUCGUCGCAAACGGGGGCUAUGAUAAGGUAUCAGAAGAGAAGUUGGCCUGGCGACGAAUGGCUGCCGAGCUGGGUCUCUUCUCCAACAACGAGGCCUCGACCGCCUUUUCCCUCAAGGAAAAAUUCUACAAGAAUCUGGCCGCCUUUGAAAUCAGCACCGUCCACGGAAAAGAGCCUCCGCCAAAGGACAUUCUCGAGGACGUCACUGCAAAAGGUGCCAGCCUGCUGACGCGCACGCGCGAAAACUUUCGAGGCAAGCGAGACGGCAACGUUAAUGCCACCGACUCUGCUGCCUCGGGCGACGACGGAACCCCCACGCGUGAGCGCCCUGCCGCCGAGAUCCCGACUUCCAGCGCCCGAGCCUCACGAGGCCUGCGCGAGGCCCCUCCCCAGCGAGUCAUCUUCCAGCCCGACACGGGGUCGAAUCGAGCGACAAGACACUCCAGCAACCAGCAGUCGACGCACGCAGCUUCACCCGCUGUUUCAAGUCAGCAGCAGCCUCCGCCGAACCAUUCAAACAUGCAGCCCAUGCCUCACGGGGCCGGCCAUCACCCCACGGGGCGCGGCCCGUCCAUCAUGCAUCAUCCGCCAAAUGGCGACAACGUUUCUCAAAUGGUCCUGUCGUACCAGCCGAAGCACCUGAAGCCUCUGCCGCUUCGGGCCGUGGCGACACCCGCCAGUGCUCCCCACGAGUUCCAAAGGAGUCGCCUGCCGCAUCGCCCGGCUCCCGUGGAUCCCGCCAACCGACAGCCCAUGCUCCCUGGAACUGGCUUUGACGGGCCCAACAUUUACACUCGCUGCCUAAACGCCCUGCGGUCAGGCGUCCCUGCCGAGCAGGCGUUUGCGCUCAACCACCUGGUCAAGAUAUCGUAUGAACGCGGGGACAAAUACAGGUUUGAUGCCUUUCCCGGGCUUGCCGAAGGGCUCGUCGACAAGGCGCUUCAUGUCGGGAGCCUCUUCUACCAUGUCCAAUGGACUGUUUCGUGGGACCCGUACGUCGACGACGGCGACAUUGGGUGCUUGGAUGGCAACAAUGGGACCCCCGACAUACUGGACCGCAUCCAGAGCUUGGUGGAAAGAGAUGUCCCCGAAGCGCUGCAGACCGAGGCGUACGCCGACGAGCUCGUCCUCAUCACAGAGGCCGUCUUGACGAUACGCAACAUGGUGACGCUGCCCGAAAACGCUCACAACAUGUCCGACUUUUAUCCUCUAAAGGACUUGGUGUGCAUCAUCAUGCACUUGCCAGCCAAGGACUCGCUCAUCGAGCUCAAGCACAUGGCGCUGGACAUUGCGGAACAGCUGACCCCUUUUAUGGCUCUGGAUGCCGACGACGCUCUCUACAAGACGCUGCUUUCCCAACUUGCCUCGGAAGACCGGGGGACGAUCCUGACGGCACUGCGCGCCCUAGCCCGCAUUUCGAUGAAUCUGGAUGCCACCAACAACCUCGCGGACGUAACACCAGAAGCCCUGCGACGCAUGGUAAACUGGCUGCUGCUCAACGAUGACGAGCUGAUUGACGCCUGUCUGGACUUUCUGUACCAGUACACGGCCGUGGUCCCGAACCUCGACCUUCUCGUUCGAUCGACGACACCAGAGAACCUCGUCGAUCACCUUGUUCGCCUGCUGUCUCACGGGGCCCGGAAAUCGCAAAGGGAGUUUGUCUUGUACCCGGAGCAGAGGCUGCCGGCGCGGGACGAGAUUGCGCCGGUGCCCGAGGAUCUCUUGCAGGAGAUGAUGAAGUUGGAGGAGCCGGAUCGCGUCCACCGCUGGGUCAAGUGCUUCUUUGACGAGGACCACAACUCAUUUGUCACGCAGCUUGCGGCCUGGCAGGCAUACCAGUCAGCCUUUGCCGGGCCGUUAAAGACGGCGAACAAGGCCAUGAUUACGCCGGCCGACUUCAUCCGCAGCAGCACGUCGGUGUACAAAAACUCCAACGCUCAGGUGCUCCGCGAGCCCGGCGAGGCGCAGCAGAAGUUCAUCAUCCACGGCAUCCGGGCCAGGGCUCGGCCGCUCAGCUUCGAUGGGACCGAAUACGGGAGGUGUUUGUGGGCGACGAACCCGGAGAAGAAGAAUGAGAAGUGCGGGCAGUUUUACCUGAAGCCAGAGCAGAUGGGGGAGCACAUCCUGACGGCUCAUCUUAACGAGGAACGGGGCGAAGGAGGACAGUUUGGCAACGAGGAGAGGGAGUUUCGGUGCACAUGGGGCGAGUGCUUCAAGUACGAGAAGGCGACCAAGAUGCGGUUGCGGGACUUUGCGCGGCACAUCAACACGCACAUCCUGGCGCUGCUGCCGAGCCACGAUGCAGCGAGCAAGCGGUCGGCCAAGGCGUGGGUGGUUCCGGCCAAGACGAUGACAGUGACGGUGGAGGAGACGAUGACGACGCGAGACGAGAGGAACCCCAACGCACCCCCACAGGCGGCAGGGAUCCCGCUGAGCGCGGUGCUGGUGCUACGCAACAUUGCGCGCAACGUGGUCAAGACGGAGGCCGAGGAGGAGCUGGUCAAGCAGCAGCAGAUGGGGGGUACGGAAGGCGGCGGGUGGAACGAGAGGCUGUUCCGGCCGGCGCUGGCACGGCUGUUUGAGAUUUUGACGGAGAACAAGGCACUGAGCCCGUACAUUGCGUCGUUGCUGGACCUGGUGCGGACCGAGGCCGAAGAUGAGCAGGACGACGAGGCUUGA